AUGGCUGUCAAGCUGAACAAAUGUCGUGACACAGACAUGAACUGCGCCACUUGGAUCGCUACGAAUAGGUCGAGCUGCGAUGCUGAGUCGGGCUUGGUCGUGGAGCAUUGCCCACGGAUGUGCCAAACAUGUGGAGAAGUCGUUGAACCAAGUGAGAAGCUUGUCUUGCUUUUGAAUGUGUACGUAACUAUGAAAAUCGCAACCGCUUUUAAGGAUAUGACGUCCGUCGAUUGCCUUCCGAGUUAA